CCAAAAUGGCGGCCUUCUAAAGAAUUUGUAAUACAGUUUUGUUUUAAAUCAACUUUAAAAAAUUGUAGGUUUUCUUCAUUACAGAUAACUUAAAUAAAGUUAUUUUUAUAUCACUUAGUAGAUAAGACAUUUCAAACCAUAUGAAAGAUAAGUAAACAAAAAAAAGAGAGCCUUAGCUCGCAAGAAUUACUUUAAUAAAGUAAUAAUAAGUAUUUCCUGUCUUUUUUUUACUUGUAGACUUUAGAGAUCACUAUCACCAUUUUCAAGUUGUUAUCUAGAACUAGAUUAGAAAUUAUAUGAAUCAAACAAAAUUAGAGUCUGUACUGGUUAGAAGCCAAUACUUCAUCUAGUACUACAUAAUGAGUCUUGCCAGCUAUUAGGAGAUACAUUAGCUUCUAAAACAAGUCUCCAGCAUUUGAAGGUGCCACUUCUUAAAACAUUAGGUCUUUAGAACACUGGGUGCUUCCAACUCUUCAGAAAGUGCCACCAUGAGGGAGGAGGAGGUUGAGGUGGCCAUCAAGGUUGUAGUUGUUGGCAAUGGAGCUGUUGGAAAGUCAAGCAUGAUUCAACGUUACUGCAAAGGAAUUUUCACAAGGGACUACAAGAAGACCAUUGGUGUUGAUUUUCUUGAAAGGCAAAUAGAGUAAGAGCUGUUGAAAUGUAUUUUCUAUUAAAAGCUAUUUUAAAUAGAGUAUUUAAGCUAUUUAAAAGAAAUAAAAAGCUAAUGGAAGUGUGCUUGAUCAUGAACACCUUUAAAAAGAAUUUUAAAAAGAUUUUUAAAAAAUAAAUCAGUUAAGUUAUUUCAUCUCUAGGGUAGAUGGUGAAGAUGUGCGUCUGAUGUUAUGGGACACAGCAGGACAAGAAGAGUUUGAUGCCAUCACUAAAGCUUAUUACAGAGGUAACAAAAGCAGCACAUGCUUGUUUAACUUUUAAAAUUUGUACAAGAGCAUACACUUUCUAAUCAAUAUGAUAUCCAGAUGAGACAGUUAGGGACUGGAACAAGCUUCCAGAAGGAACAGUUGAGGCAACAAUUCUUGCGUCCAUUGCCUCAGGCCUUUCAACCCCCAGUGCAUGAUACCAUCACUAAGUAGCCAUUGCAACCAGUGAAAUAUCCUCGUCAACACCAGGCACAAAAACAGUGCAAAUCCCCUCUACAUGCAUAGGAGCCAGAAUUAUCAAUAAAUUGAUCAUGAGCCCUUAAAUAAAGAAGAAGUAGUCAGCAAAAUUUUCAUUGUAAGAUAUUUUUUUGCUUAACCUAUUUUUUAAUUCAUAAUUUCAGGUGCACAGGCUUGUGUCCUUGCAUUUUCAACUGUUGAUCGUGAAUCCUUUGAGGCCAUUGAAUCCUGGAAGAGAAAGGUAUGGAUGUGGAUGAUAUUAUUACCUGGUUGUUUUAAUUGUGUAUUGUAAUGUUGAAUCAUCCAUUUCGCACAAUGUUAAUGGUAACAAUAUUUUUCCCCUCAAUUUCUACAUCAUUCUGAAUGCCCGUAUGACUUAUAAGAAUAUAUAAACAUAUAUCAAGGCCUUAAUAAGAAAUGAAGUGCUACAAUUAUAAAUAUAAACCACAAUAAUUCUGUAAGCAUUCAUUUUUAAAAACAUGGCUAUAAAAAUAUAAAUCUUAAUUAUUUCCAGUUAUCUUUGAUUAUUGUCAGGUUGAAAAUGAAGUUGGGGAGAUUGCAAUGGUGAUAGUGCAAAACAAAAUAGACCUAAUAGAUGACGCUCUGGUACACACGUAAGUUUUAUCUCAUGUUAUUUUACAAAUGACUACAUUUUAAAUAAUUUAUAACUUACUAAAUAAUUUAAGGUUUUCAUCAAUAAAGAAAAUGUGAUAAAAUAUAAAAUAAAAUUGUUUGAAAGGUAAGUUAGGAGAAUCUAAAUAUUAUAAAUGACAGCUUUAUUUUUCUAUUAUUAGGACAGAAGCUGAAGAUUUAGCAAAGAAACUGAGACUACGGUUCUAUCCCACAUCAGUAAAGGAAAAUUUAAAUGUUGAAGAAGGUAAAUUGAUGAGUAGAAGAUAGAUGUUCUGAAUGACAAAGAGUGAAUAAAUGGCAUAUCUUUUUUUUGUUUUGCAAAUACUUAAAAUAUAUGAAAAUUAGAAAGAAAUAAUAAUUGUAUGAGCAAAUUUUGUAUUGCAUAGCAUUAAAACCAAGUACUACAAUCUAAUCAUUACCAAUUUUUAUUGUAAAGUUUUUGUUUCAUUAAUAGUACAUUUAAAAAUGAAAAAAGAAAUACAACUUGUUCAAAUUACUAUACUAUACAUAUCAUAUAACAAGUGCAUUGUUUGCCAACCAAUGUAGCUUAAGUUAUGUAACAAAUUGUAUAAUUCAUUCUUUUUUUUUUUUUUUUAUGAAAUGAAUCUAAUUUUAUGUGCCACACAAAUUUUUAUUAAUUGUAAAGUUUAGCCUGAUAGUUAAUAAAAUUAUAAAACUAUUGAUCCUUGAAGCAUGAUAAGAAUUGAAUUGUAUAAUUCAUUCUUUUUUUUUUUUUUUUUAUGAAAUGAAUC